UUCCUCCUCCUCUGGUAUCUGACAGGUUUACCUGCAGCAGCCAGUCACACCUUGACGUAGCACAGCGGCGUACAGUAUAGCUCCACACUGAACACACACACACACACACACACACGCACACACACGCACACACACACACACUCACACACAAUCUAGUUCUUCUGUUUCUAUGCUCAGAAACAGCUCGGAUCCUCCGCGCAUGCGCAGAUUCUAGAAUACGAUUUGCACAACGGUCCGACAUCAAAGAUGGCGGGAGCCUCCGACCCACUGGAGGACAUGCUCUUCAAUGAGGUGGAUGAGAAAGCAGUUAGCGACUUAGUUGGCUCUCUGGAAUCACAGCUCGGCGACAGAAAGGCUCCCGCCGCUUCGUAUUCCGACGGGAAACGGGACGCAGCUCCGCCGGCCGCCGGUCACUUCUCAGGGAAAGUGCACGAUCAAGUAGUGGUGGGGUCUCUGGAGCCGCCGCCGCAACAAGGGCAUCCUAAAGCGGGGUUAAACCAGGAACCCGGCGGCACCGACACUGAGCCGCUGUCCGGUAAAACCCUCACCUCCUCUACCUCCUCUGUGGCCGCCGGGGCCGCGGGCACCACCGGGGCCAGUCUGCAAAGUGUUGGAGCAUCUCCUCCCACUAUCUCCCCGGUACCGGGACCCGUAACUUUGACCACCAGUCGGUCCGCCGUUGCUAGCUUCCACCGGGGUCCGAGCGCGGCGGCUCCGAGCAGCAACGUCUCCCCCGCGGCGGCUGCAUCGGUGGAGGCGACCAGGACCGCUUCUCCAGGAUUACAAAGUUUGAACGGCAGCGCUGGAGCGGUAAAGUUGGUGAACUCGGUCCCCCCAGCAGCAGCAGCAGCCGGGACCAGCACGGUUAUCAGUGCUGUCAGUACCGGAGGCUCCACGAUCAUCACCCCCAUGGCUGCUCAGCAACACUUCCCCCAGUCCACAGUGGCGUCCCCCGCUGCUGCAGCUCUGCAGAGGCACCCCAGUCCGGUAACCAGCGGCGCACAGAACGGAGUAGACCCCAAGGGUGCCCCUCUGGCGCCCCAGGGUGCCCCCUCUGCUGCAGCCUCCAGCACUCAGGUCGUGAACUACAGCACCCCUCUGAUGCACACCAAGAUGCUGGUGCCUAGCCAGCCGGUCUCUGGGAACUCUGUCAUCCUGACCAGUACCCCCCCACCUGCUCCACCCCAGACUGGGACCAGUACAGCUGCGGUCACCCUGAAGCCCGCGGUGAACGGAGUGGGUCAGCCCACAGUGGCCGUGGUGAGGCCGCCGUGCGCCCCAGUGGUGGCCACGUCCAUCCAGCAGCAGAGACCCGGGUUGGUGGCGAACACCACCAGGGCGGCCGCUCCUCAGCCGCAGCUGGCCGUCCGGCCCCAGCAGCAGACCACCAUCCAGCUGCCUCCCGGCUUCUCCAUGCCUCCUGGUAUGGUUCUGGUCCGGACGGAGACGGGUCAGCUGGUGAUGGUCCCUCAGCAGGUUCUGGCCCAGGCUCAGGCCAAGACGCAGCAGGGCCAAGCGGUGGCCAACAUCACCCAGAGACCGGCGACGCCGACGGCCGGGACCACCAUCCGGGUCGGCACCGCCACAACGGCUCCUCAGACCGUCCGCCUGGCUUCCCCCGCUCAGACCAGAAUGGUUCAGUCUCCCUCCACCUCCGUACAGAAGGCCCUGUCGGUGGCGCCCGGCGGUGCAGCGGUGUCGGUGAAGAUGACCACUCCUCAGAAGGCCCAGACGGUAAUCACAGCGGGGGGGACGCCUUUGGCCAAGCCUGCCUGUGUCCCGUCCACCCCCUUGACCAGCACCACGCCCGCUCCCAUCCCCACGCCCGCCGCCAGAGUCACCGUGGUGUCGCAGGAGAUGCAGGAAAAUGUGAAGAAAUGUAAGAACUUCCUGGCCACGCUCAUCAAACUAGCGUCCCACAACUCCCCCUCCCCAGAUACCUCCAAGAAUGUGAAGUCCCUGGUGCAGGACCUGCUCGAUGCAAAAAUUGAGCCUGAGGAGUUCACCAGUCGGCUGCAGGCUGAGCUGAAGUCCUCCCCACAGCCCUACCUCAUCCCCUUCCUCAAGAAAAGCCUCCCCGCCCUUCGUCAGUCUCUGCUCAGCAGCCAGCAGUCUCUGGUGACCCCCAGCACCUCUGUACCCCCCCCGGUGGCCCCCGGCUCCGUUACCGCUGCCGCCAUCAGGCCGCGGCUGCCCAUCAGCCCGGCCGGCGGUGCCGUCAGACUGAACGCUCCGCUCCCAAACACAAUGGCUGUUAACAGAGCGGGAAUCCAGAGUCGAACACCUGUCGUCUUCAGUCAGAAUCUCAGACCUCAAGGUACUCUCGUAAGAGGACCCACAACUAUAAUUGGUAAAAGUCCGAUGACCCUGGCAGCUCAGGCCAAUCAGAGGAAGCUGAGCGACCCGGGGGGCGGCACCUUCAGAGAUGACGACGACAUCAACGACGUGGCGUCCAUGGCCGGCGUCAACCUAAACGAGGAAAACGCCCGUAUCCUAGCAACCAGCUCGGAGCUCGUGGGCACAAAGAUCCGUUCCUGUAAGGACGAAUCCUUCCUUCCCGCCGGCCUUCUGCACCGCCGCAUCCUGGACACAGCUAAGAAGCUGGGCGUGACCGAGGUGCCGCUGGAGGUGGUGAACUUCGUCUCCCACGCCACCCAGUCGAGACUGCGCAUGCUGCUGGAGAAGGUUUCAGCCGUCGCUCAGCACCGCUCAGACGGGGGGAAGGAUGAAGAGCAUCAUGAACCGACGUCAGACGUUCGCUCUCAGCUUCGUUUCUUUGAGCAGUUGGAACGAAUGGAGAAACAGAGGAAAGACGAACAAGAGAGAGAGAUACUGCUAAAGGCUGCCAAGAGUCGCGCCAGACAAGAAGAUCCUGAACAGGCUCGUCUGAAGCAGAAAGCUAAAGAGAUGCAGCAGCAGGAGUUGGCUCAGAUGAGACAACGAGACGCCAACCUCACGGCCCUCGCCGCCAUCGGGCCACGCAAGAAACGCAAGAUGGACUCGCCGGGAGGCUCCUCGUCCGGCACAGAGGUGGCGUCAGGCUCGGCGUCAGGCUCCUCCACGUCGCCGGCUCGCCAGCAGCUCCGUCAGCGGAUCACACGAGUUAACCUCAGGGACUUCAUCUUCUGUCUGGAGCAGGAGCGCUCCACCGCCCGCUCCCUCACGCUCUACAAGGCGCUGCUGAAAUGAGGAGUCCCACCAGGAGGAGCUCUGGGCCCACUGCAGAUCACUAACUGGACUACUCCUCCUCCUCCUCCUCCUCCUCCUCCUCCUCCUCCUCCUCCUUCGGUCCUCAGAGGUGUUUCAUAGUCACCAGUCAGUUCCUCCUUCAGUCCCUGCAGCAUCUUUUAACCUCCAGUUUGUCCUGUUCAACCUCCUACGACUUCAGCUCCUCUGUAGUUCUGGUUCAGGAGUCUAGUUUCAGACCUCACAUCACUCCUCAGCUCCGUGUUAGUUAAAGAGAACUCCACCGGUUUACAGUCCAGAUCCCACCAGGGACAUUCAGGUUUGGUUUUAUUGGAUAUUUUUCCUACUCGUAAUUAUGGAUUAAAAUAUUUAAUCACAAUUAA